UCUAAUAACAACCCAUAUCAACUUAUCAAAAUCAAACCUCCGGACAACAACAAAAAAAAUGGCACUCUAUCUUCUUCUCCUCACCUUCGCCAUCACCAUCCUUAUCGUUAUCACCGCUUCCCGAUUCCUCUCCACCGCUGCAGCUUCCAAACACCGGCUGCCGCCAGGCCCAAAGCCAUGGCCGAUUAUAGGCAACAUCCCUCACCUCGGCAAGCAAAUUCACGUCUCCCUCCAACGCUUCUCCCAGCUCCACGGCCCUCUCAUCUCCCUCCGCCUCGGCUCCCAGCUCCUCAUCGUCGCCUCCUCCCCAGCCGCCGCCGCAGAAAUCUUGAGAACCCACGACCGCCUCCUCUCCGCCAGAUACGUCACCACCAUCGUGCCUUACGACAUCGCGGAGCUCGACCGUAAGGCGAUCGUUUGGUCUUCCAACUGCAACAACGAGCGGUGGAAGGCCUUCCGAUCAAUGUUCAGGAACCAAAUAUUCUCCGCGAGGGCGAUCGAAUCUCAGGCCUCCGUCAGGGAGAGGAAGGUCGCCCAGAUGGUGGAAUAUCUUGAUGGAAAAUUAGGGGAGCCGGUUCGUAUCGGCGAAGUGGUUUUCGCUACCAUCUUCGACUCGCUGUCCAAUCUCAUGUUCUCGCGAGAUUGCAUCGGGUUCGAAAGUAACAGCGAGACUGCGAAACGAUUGAAGUCGCUGAUUUGGAGGAUGAUGGAACUGGGGACUAAAACUAAUCUCGCCGAAUUUUUUCCAGUUCUGAGGAAAUUGGAUCCUCAGGGGCUGAGACGCGAGAUGUUUCGUUGUUGCAAUGAGCUCUACUCUGUUUGGCAGCCUUAUGUCACAGAGAGGAGGGAGCGAGGGCGAGAGCGAUUUGGUGUUGAAGAUUUUUUGGAUGUUUUCCUAGAAAAUGGACUUGAUGAUGACCAGAUUGACUGGUUGACUCUCCAGGAAUUGUUCUCCGCUGGUACGGAUACUAGCGUGGCGACAAUAGAAUGGGCGAUGGCAGAGCUAAUGCGAAACAGGCGAGCGAUGGACAAGCUGCGGGAGGAGCUCAAGGCAGAAUUGUCACAAUCGCUCGAGGGAAAACCACUAAUCGACGAAUCUGAAGUAUCUCGACUUCCGUAUUUGAGCGCAAUUGUAAAGGAGACGCUGAGGCUACACCCUCCGGCGCCACUGUUGCUGCCGCAUCGAGCGCAAGAGACUUGCGAGGUGAUGAACUAUGUGGUCCCUAAAGGGGCUCAGGUUUUGGUCAACGUGUGGGCUAUUUCUAGGGAUCCGACGGUAUGGGAGGACCCGAUGUCGUUUAAGCCGGAGAGGUUCAUUGGAUCGCAGGUGGAUUUCAGAGGACAAGAUUUUAAGUUGCUUCCAUUCAGCGCUGGGAGGAGGAUGUGUCCCGGAGUGUCAUUAGCCACCCGACAAAUUCCUUUGGUUUUGACUGCUUUGGUUCGGAGCUUCGAUUGGUGCCUUUCCGAUGGAGAGGAUGAGACGGAGUUGGAUAUGAGUGAGAAGUUUGGGACCACGUUGGAGAAGGAACGACCUCUGCUUCUUGUUCCCAGCCAGAGUUCGUUAUGACGUCUUCCAUGUUUGUUUC